AUGAAGAUUCCAUAUCUUGUAUCCCAGAAUACAAGGGAAGCUUACGCUUCAUCGCAUGAAAUGAAGACUUCUAUUGCUGAAGCCAAGCGUAAAAUUGUGGCUGAAGAUUUCGAAUGGGAUGAUGGCCUUACUCCAGCACCCCUUAGCUACUUUGCCGCUCUUAGUUUGUCGAGAGCAUUUCAUAUUAUUAAUCCAUUAAACAAAAUACUUCAGAAAGAUGUUGAUAUUCUAAUGGAUUUGUAUCCGGCUGAUAUUCCCUUGAAAUGUAGUGUGCCGCUAAUACAGGAUGAACAAUACUGGAAAAGAUCUUAUGCCACUAAGUUUCCGUCCAGAAAGGAGUUGAACGUGCCAUUUUGGAAAGGGAAAUUCCUGUCAGCAUGUCUACAAGACUAUUUAGAAAACGUUAACCCUGAUGUCUUUAUAGAAGAAGAUGCUGUAGAAUUGGCAACUUUGGUUAGUCCCUACAUUUAUGAAUUGGGGUUAAAUCAACUACGCAUGGUUCGGCAACCGACCCCAUCAGUCCCUUUUGGGAAUAUUGUUGAAGACACGUGCCCUUAUAGCGUCCCUAAAUUAUUCGAUCACGUGCCUCUGGAACCGGUAUUGGUUAAACUUUACAACCUCCAAGAGAUAUCUUUAGUUUUUGGACUCAAUAAUAUUGAAGACGAUUAUUUACCAAGAUACUUUGAAUUUUCAAUGGGAGACUGCGAAUCUUUAUGUCGUGGCCUAGAAGAUUUACGACACCUCAAAUUGUUUCGGAUCAAUCGAAGCAAUCUAGACUGCUCGAAAGUAAAAUUGAUUCUACAGAAUCUUGUAAAAAAAGAAAGCAUUGAGGAGCUUGACUUCAACCAUUGUAAGAUCGGCGAUUAUGGAAUGAAAGCUCUCGGAGGUUUCAUUUACAUUCACAAAAAUUUAAAAAGAGUGAGAAUUGCUAAUAACCGAUUUAAAGAGGUUGGCGUUCAGGGAAUAGCUUAUGCCUUGCAAAUGAAACCUGCGGCUCCAAUAGAACUUUUAGAUUUUAGCCUGAAUCCAAUGUCUUUGGAAUGUGCAACAAUCUUUGCCGCUGCGUUCGUACGCUGCAAGGAAAAGCCACAAACGUUAAUCAUCAACUCUUGUGGCUUCAAAGGAGCAUCUGCUGAGAAGAUUGCAGGAUUAAUAAGCUUAAAUCGAGGUCUGACCAGAUUAGAUUUGGCAGCUAAUGACCUAUCGGGAGAAGCUGAAAGAACUUUGGUCAAAGCCGUCGAACAGAACAGAAAUAUUCUUAGAAUAGAUUUAAGAAGGACACAUAUUUCAGAAGAAACUCAAUGCAAGAUCGACAAACUUUUGGAAAGAAACAAGAACUUAAUUGGUCAGGACAGGGAACCGAGCGACGAGAUACCGCCUCUUUACCUAAACGAACCUGAAUAUUUAAUCUGGGAAUACAAUCCCAAUAACCCCGACUACAUACCCGGACGAUACCCGGAACGAGUUCCAGAAGUUUAA